ACGAGAUUUACUUUUCAUAGACACUCUGGAAUUUGUUGGGAAGUACUUACAGCAAAACUGGAUAGUAUAAAUUAGCUGUGAUCCGUUUGGAACACCAUUAACUAAAGAGAAAGGUGGCAACACAGUCAUAACAAUGAAGAUAAUUCAGGUUAGCAUGCUUCUUUUCUGUGCAACACAUGCUGCUGGUUUCGGUCUCCGACGACUUUUUCGUGACAUUUUAACUUCUCAAUCAGGAUCCCGUCCACAAGAGAGAGGUGUGGCUACUAUAAAUGACAGUAAUCCAAGCUACAUUGAUUCGUGGGACUGGGAGGAAGAUAGUGACUCGGCCAGUUCUGAAGAGGGAGGGCUCCACAUGUUCUUUCGAUUUUUGUAUGAUGGAGAAGAAGAUAAAAAUUCAUUGAAUACAGAGACGACUACACAGCAAAACCCACAGACGUCAUCUCCAAAUGAUAUUGACAAAGAAAAUAAUUCUACAACUACUGAAACACCAUCCGUAACCACAACAGUGGCAUCAGAAGAAAAUGACGACAACAUGACGAAUAUUGAAACGACCACUGCAAGCAAUACAGAUGAUAAUUCUACGAGAACCGAAACACCAUCAACAACUACAAUGGAGAUUAGCACGAAUUCAGACACCACCACGGUCUAUGACAAGACGACGACAGAAACAGCCAAGACAACGACAACAGAAAGAACGACAUACCCCGACACCACAUUAACGUAUGCGCAGACGACAAUGUCAACGAUAACUCCAUCACGUGACGAUGUCAAAACAGAAGUGACUAGUUCAACAACUGUGUCCCCGACAACCACGGCAUAUUACAUUACAACAGAAAAUACCUUCAUUGAAGGAGAUUUGUCCAUUGACGACAAGGUUAACAAAACCGAUUUGAAUUCAACAGACGACUUUCAGAAAAUAAUUGAUGAAUACAGCGAUUACAUAGAUCAAGGUCCAACGAGAGGAGAUUUGCCGUCCACCAGAACAUCGUCACAAAUUAUACAGACAACAACUUCAUUUCCUGUUGGUAGUGGAAUUAUAGACGCGUCCUUAUCCAAUACAGAAGAGGACAAAAGAAAAGACACAAAUGGUGUAGCUCAAAUCAACCAAAGUUCCACGAAAACUACUGCAAAUCGUAUGGAUGUAACCGCUGGAAGGAUUGGUAACAUUCUCUCGGAUGUCGUUAUGCAAUCUUUAAACAGCAAACAAACGAUUGCACAAGCUGGGGGGAAAAUGAUCCAUCAGAAAUCCACGUCUGGAGUACACAGUGACGUUAUAGACAUUAGACUUGGAAAUGACGUCACUACCACAACUAGUCCACCCAAAACCACCGUAUUUUUUACGCCACCUGAUUCUCAGAAAAACGCCAUUGCAGACUCACAGCAACCAAUUUUUACGGAAAGAGUGGCAAAAAUUGGAAAGGAUUUCAUCGUUCUCCCAGAUUUUGACAAUGGUGCAGUUCUUUUAGAACCAAUUGUCCCUGCAGGAAGCAUGAAAACGGACACGAUAUCAGACUUCGACUAUGUACCUUUUAAAACAUUAUCCUACAAAACAAUUCCUAAUAGCAUAUAAUAGAACUAAAUUACAAACAAAUGUAUGCAUAAUGUUUGAUAUUCAUCACAUCCAAUGAAAUCCUGUUUAUCAAUUUAUUUAUUUAUUUACUUAUAUUAUUUUGUAUUUGCAUUUUUUCGUAAUUAAAUAUUGACUACUAUUA